AUGUCUCAAGACUGCAUCAUCCUGGAUUUGGAUGCUGUGAGACAAAGAGCAGUGCUCUACAAGAAAAGAUUUCCGGCAGAAAAGCUUGGUUUGCUUUACAAAUUUGAUGCCAGAUUAACUCCGAAGAAAAACUUAUCAAUUCUGGCUGGCCAUGCAUUAAGUGAAACAAACACUGCUGCUUACGUUUUUGCGUAUAAACCAAUAUUUCUCCAGAUUUUAGCUGAGUGGACCACUGCUUUGCCCAGGGAUAAGUGGGUAUCUGUGUUAGUAUCAUGUGGUAGAAUUGCUUCCAUGUACCCAUUGUCCUUACCUUUGACAGAGCUGUUCGUGAAGUCAAAUGUUGAGUAUUUUACUACGAUUUUGCAAAAUUCGUCCACUCAGCAUUCCCAGGAUAUCUUUAGCAUAUUGCUAGCAUACUACAGACUUUUGUACUGUAACAAAGAAAUUUUUAGUGCCUAUAUCCAACCAGAUAUCCUAUAUCAAUUAGUAGAUACCGAUGGCUUGGACUCAUUAACCAAACUUAUCGCACUGAAAGUUCUAGCGUUAUACUUGGACAUGGGUGAACAAAACUUACAAGAAAUGAUGCAUAAACAUAUUCCGGAAUCCGAAAUGAAUUUAAUUGGACCAUACGAAUUGGAUACAAAGUCCGACUAUCAUUUUCUAGAAGUGAAUGAAGCGAUGAGAUUUUCUAAUUUUGCAUCGUUGCCAGAAGUCGAAGAGUGCUUUGACAAAGAUCUGACAAGUGACCAGUGUUACGUUAUUGACUCACAUGACCUGAACAAGUGUGUGGUUUCAGUAUCUGGAAUUCUGGUUCCCAAAGUUACCAGUCUACAACCGGACGCGGGUGCAGAGCUCUCGGCCUAUCCACCAUCAUUUGUCCCAACUAAACAAACAGUCCACACUCUGCGCGAGCUGGCCAAAUUGAUUAGAAAGUCGGAACCUAUCAUGCUUUUAGGUAAAGCUGGUUCAGGGAAGACCUUCCUAAUCAACGAACUGAGUAAAUAUAUGGGUUGUCAUGACUCGAUUGUUAAAAUUCAUUUAGGAGAACAAACUGAUGCCAAGCUUUUAAUUGGAACUUACACUUCCGGUGAAAAACCAGGUACCUUCGAAUGGAGAUCUGGUGUGCUGACAAAUGCCGUUAAGGAAGGUAGAUGGGUUCUGAUCGAAGAUAUAGAUAAAGCUCCUACCGAGGUAUUAUCCAUCCUGCUUUCUUUGUUGGAGAAAAGGGAGCUAACUAUACCAUCUAGAGGCGAAGUUAUCAAAGCCGCAAAUGGAUUUCAAAUAAUUUCCACCGUUAGGAUGAACGAUGAGAUCACAAAUAAACGAACGGAAGCAAAUGAACGAAAUAACUACAAUCUCAACAUAAUUGGGAUGAGAGUAUGGAGAACAGUUCAUCUCGACGAGCUAACUACUAGUGAUGUUAAUCAAAUUUUGUGUCGCAGAUUUCCUGUCUUACUCCAUUUAAUACCCAAACUGAUCGACUCCUACGAGUCUGUUAAGGCUAUCUACCUGAAUCCAAACUUCAUUUCAUUUAACAAAGGUGCUCAUCCAAGAGUGGUGUCCAUAAGAGAUCUUGUUAAGUUAUGCAAUCGGCUGAAUGCGUUGUUUGCGAAUAACAAUAUUGUGAAGCCUGACCAAUUGAUUCAGUCAGAAAUUUAUGACUCAAUUUUUGCAGAAACUGCAGACUGUUUUGCAGGUGCCAUUAGUGAAAUGAAGGCUUUGACUCCAUUAAUUCAUAGCAUUGGCCAGACACUUGAGAUCGCCAAUUCAAGAAUUGCGCUGUUUUUGACUAAGCAUGUUCCGCAGUUUGAAUCCUCCGAUGACGAUAUCAAAAUUGGGAGGGCUGUAUUGAAGAAAUCUAGUUCCGCUCUUCAGAAGAAAUCUAUGAAUGCCACGUCUUUUGCAAUGACGAACCAUUCUCUGAAAUUGAUGGAACAAAUAUCGGUCGCUAUCCAGAUGACUGAGCCGGUUUUACUUGUUGGUGAAACGGGUACAGGUAAGACAACUGUUGUUCAGCAACUUGCAAAAAUGAUGAAUAAACCAUUGACUGUAAUCAACGUUUCUCAACAGACCGAAACCGGUGACUUAUUAGGUGGUUACAAGCCCGUAAACUCCAAGAUAGUGGGAAUCCCAGUUCAGGAAACCUUUGAGUCCUUAUUUUCUGCUACCUUCUCUUUGAAGAAAAAUGAGCGGUUUUACAAAAUGCUACAUAAAUGUUUCAACAAGAACCAAUGGAAAAAUGUUGUAAAGCUUUGGAACGAGGCCUACAAAAUGGCUCAGCAGAUUCUGCAUAAGGAAGAAAUUUCAGAGAGCAGUAGCAACGUAAAGACGAAAAAGAGGAAACUGAACCCCGAUCAGAAGAAAAUGCUGUUGGAACAAUGGGACUUAUUUCGUGAUUCUGUGGUAAAGUUUGAGGCACAAUCAGCGGCAACAGAUAGUUCGUUUGUGUUUGACUUUGUCGAAGGUUCACUUGUCAAGGCCGUGAGAAAUGGUGAAUGGUUACUACUCGAUGAAAUCAACUUAGCUUCUCCAGACACAUUGGAAAGUAUCUCAGACUUGUUAAAUGAAGCAGAUUCGAGAAGUAUUCUUCUCUCCGAGAAGGGAGACGCUAUUCCGGUUAAGGCUCACACAGACUUCAGAAUAUUUGCGUGUAUGAACCCAGCAACAGAUGUAGGAAAACGUGAUCUUCCUAUUGGUUUAAGAUCGAGAUUAACUGAAAUAUAUGUUCACUCACCUGACCGUGAUAUUUCUGAUCUAUUGUCCAUUAUUGACAAAUACAUUGGAAAAUACAGCGUCAACGAUGAAUGGGUCGGGAACGACAUAGCUGAGUUGUACAUCGAGGCCAAAAGACUUGCUGAGAAUAACUUAAUAGUUGACGGUUCGAAUCAGAAACCACACUUCAGUGUCCGUACGCUAACACGAACACUGCUGUACGUCUGUGAUAUUGUGCACAUUUACGGUCUUCGUCGCUCUCUAUACGACGGGUUUUGUAUGACGUUUUUGACCUUAUUGGAUCAACCUUCAGAAAAGACAUUGGAGCCUAUAAUAAGCAAAUACACUGUCAGCAGAUUGAGAAACGUAAAGUCGGUUCUGUCACAAACUCCACCCUCUCCGGGUCCAAACUUUGUACAGUUCAAACAUUAUUGGAUGAAAACCGGUCAACAGGAAAUGGUGAAUCAACCACACUAUAUUAUCACCCCAUUUGUUGAGAAGAACAUGAUGAAUCUUGUGCGAGCAACGUCUGGCAACAGAUUUCCAGUGCUAGUACAGGGCCCAACCUCUGCGGGUAAGACCAGUAUGAUUAAAUAUCUUGCUGAUAUCACUGGCCACAAAUUUGUCCGUAUCAAUAACCAUGAACACACAGAUUUGCAGGAGUAUUUAGGGACGUACGUUACGGACGACAGUGGAAAAUUAUCUUUCAAGGAGGGUGUCCUGGUGGAGGCACUUCGUAAAGGUUACUGGAUUGUUCUCGACGAACUGAAUUUAGCACCAACCGAUGUGCUCGAGGCUUUGAAUAGACUAUUAGACGAUAACAGAGAACUUUUUAUUCCGGAAACCCAAGAAGUCAUACAUCCACACCCUGAUUUUAUGCUUUUUGCCACUCAAAACCCACCUGGCAUAUACGGUGGUCGUAAGAUUCUAUCAAGAGCGUUUAGAAACCGUUUCUUGGAGUUACAUUUUGACGAUAUCCCUACCGACGAACUUGAAAUAAUUCUUCGGGAACGGUGUCAGAUUGCCCCAACAUAUGCCAAAAAGAUUGUCGAGGUGUAUCACCAGCUGUCUAUUGAAAGAUCUGCCAACCGUCUCUUUGAACAAAAGAACAGUUUUGCAACUCUACGUGACUUAUUUAGAUGGGCAUUAAGAGGUGCUGUGGGUUACGAUGAACUAGCAGCUAAUGGCUAUAUGCUACUUGGUGAGAGAUGUAGAAACCCCCAGGAGAAGGCCACUAUCAAAAAGACCCUUGAAAAGGUCAUGAAAGUUAAGCUGAAUAUGGACGCCUAUUAUUCGAAGGUUGAGAAUAAGAGUCUGUAUUCAAUUGACUCAGUGGUCUGGACUUCGGCUCUUCGUCGUUUGUCAGUUUUAGUUUCCAGCUGUUUACAAAACAAUGAACCAGUUCUGCUCGUUGGUGAAACGGGUUGUGGUAAGACGACUAUUUGCCAAUUACUGGCUCAAUUUUCCGAAAAGAAACUAGUAACUUUGAAUGCGCAUCAAAACACAGAAACUGGAGACAUAUUAGGGGCCCAACGUCCCAUGCGUAACAGAUCAGAAAUUCAAAGAAAAUUGGUUUUACUGCUGCAAACGGCGUUAGGUGGUUCCACAGAAGAGGAAUUGGAUCGACUAGUUGAAAGCUAUAAUGCAUGUGACCAGUCCGCCAUCCCAGAAGUACUACGGGAGGAGAUAACUCAGCUUCAAAACUCCUUGAAUAUUCUUUUUGAAUGGUGUGACGGUCCGCUAGUACAAGCACUAAAGGACGGCGAUUAUUUCCUGUUGGAUGAAAUUUCCUUAGCCGACGAUUCCGUAUUAGAGCGAUUGAACAGUGUCCUUGAACCAGAAAGAAGUUUGUUAUUGGCGGAGAAAGGUUCGUCAGACAGUUCAGUGGUUGCCAAGGACGGCUUUCAAUUUUUUGCAACAAUGAACCCCGGGGGUGAUUAUGGUAAAAAAGAGCUAUCCCCAGCUUUACGGAACCGGUUCACCGAAAUUUGGGUGCCUUCUAUGGAAAGCUUUGACGAUGUUCGUUUAAUAGUAUCAGAUAGAUUGUGUGAGAGUGCUAAGCAGUUGACUGAAACAAUUGUUGCUUUUUCGGAAUGGUAUGCCAUCAAAUUUGGUGGCGGUGAUGCCACAAGCGGUUUUAUUUCUUUGCGUGACAUUCUGGCAUGGGUAGAUUUCAUCAACAGAACUACACCAAACAAUGCUAAUAUUUAUGAGUGUUUGGGACAUGGAGCCUCCAUGGUGUUUAUUGAUGCUCUUGGUACCAAUAAUACCGCUUAUCUCGCUGAAAAUGAGGAGAGAUUGAAUGAGCUAAAAUCUACAUGUGUUGACUUUUUGUCAAACAAACUUGAGUAUGAUUUACGCAAAUGCCUGGCUAUGUCUUUCGAGUACGCGCUAUCUGAUGACACCUUAAAAAUCGGACCUUUUUCGUACCCACGAAAUGAAUCUUCUACAUCAUCCCCUUCUUUUAACAUGAAUGCCCCAACUACCGCGGCCAACUUGAUGAGGGUUAUUCGAGCAAUGCAGGUCGAAAAGCCUAUUCUAUUAGAGGGUAGUCCAGGUGUCGGUAAAACAAGUUUGGUAACGACUCUUGCCGAACUUACAGGAAACAAGCUGACUCGUAUCAAUUUAUCUGAACAAACCGACCUGAUUGAUCUGUUUGGCUCUGAUGUCCCUGGUGAAAGAAGCGGUGAAUUUGUUUGGAAUGACGCUCCAUUUUUGAGAGCUAUGCAACAAGGUCACUGGGUCUUACUGGAUGAGAUGAAUCUUGCUUCUCAAUCAGUUCUUGAGGGGUUGAACGCUUGUCUAGAUCACCGUGGUGAGGCUUACAUUCCAGAAUUAGACAGAUCAUUCACACGGCAUCCAGACUUUCUUGUGUUUGCAGCCCAAAAUCCGCAGUAUCAAGGUGGUGGGAGAAAAGGGCUUCCUAAAUCUUUCGUCAACCGUUUUACUGUUGUCUAUAUUGAUGUUCUCAAAACGGAGGAUUUGCAACUCAUUGCCAACCAUUUAUACCCUUCUGUGGCUCCUGAACUUAGCGCAAAGAUGAUUAAACUUAUGGGAAUUCUAGAGGAUGAUGUCACGAAGAAGAAGAAGUGGGGUGUAUCUGGCUCCCCCUGGGAAUUCAACUUAAGAGAUGCUUUAAGAUGGCUAAAACUUCUAAGUCAGAAGGGAAUAAUUGACGACACCAAGGUUUUUGAUUUUGUUGAUAUCAUCAUCAGACAAAGGUUUCGUACCAAAGACGAUAAGCAAAAAGCUCAAGUGAUAAUUGAAAACGUUUUUGGGAGUUUCUCAAGGGCUUCCAAUUUAUACAGAAUUACUCCUCAGUAUGUUCAAGUCAACAGCGCAAUCGCUGUGAGAAAUCCAGCAUUCCACUACCCUACUUUAAAGAAUUUGCAACCUUUGGAGUGUAAUAUGGAAUUUUACGAGUCUGCUAUCAGAUGCAUUAACAACAACUGGCCACUGAUCUUAGUAGGUCCCGCAAAUUCAGGCAAAACUGAGUUAGUCCGGUUUCUCUCUUCAAUUUUGGGAACUGAGGUCUGCGUAUUUUCAAUGAAUAGUGAUUUGGAUAGCAUGGAUAUUUUGGGUGGUUAUGAACAAGUUGACAUGAACAGGAAAAUAUGGAAUGUGAUCAAACCAUUGAAAAGAACAGUUCGAAAACUACUUUCCAUCAAUCUUGGACUUACUGAUGAUAACUCUUCGGCGUUGCUGGCUGGCUUUGAUUUGUUACAUUUUAUAUGCGACGGAUCUACAGGUAAAGCAGAGUUCACUACUUUGUGGAAGAAGUUCAAAAACUUUCAAUCUUAUCUGCCAGAUAAUGCAGACCUUUUGAAAAUUGCCGAUGAUUUUGAAUCUCUGGACGUAGUUCUACGAAAACCAGAGCGGGUUGCAUUUGAGUGGUUUGAUGGUAUUUUGCUCAAGGCGAUUGAAAAUGGGGAUUGGUUGGUUCUUGACAAUGCUAACCUGUGUUCCCCCUCUGUGCUGGAUCGGUUAAACUCUCUUUUAGAAACAGAUGGUUCUCUAUUGAUAAAUGAAUGCAGUAUGGAGAAUGGGGAGCCGCGUAUACUGAAACCUCAUCCUAAUUUUAGACUCUUUUUAACAGUGGACCCCAAAUACGGGGAAUUGUCCAGAGCGAUGAGGAAUAGAGGUAUCGAAUUAUACAUGGAGGAUCUAGAUAAUAGACUUUCAUCUUUUGAUAUGUUGUCUUUGAACUGGUCGAAACAAUCUGAAAAAAAUGUAAAUGGGGUUAAUGAAGAAGGUCUAGAAUUGAAUCCAAGUACAGUUAAAUGCCCUACAAAAAGCUACGUACCUUCUUAUUUGUCGCUUCCAAUCACAUUCAGUCAGAUUCUUGAUGUACUGAUCUUCAACAAGAACAAAUCAGUAUUGGAAUCACUAGCCGGUAUUAUUCCAAUCAACCUUUUGGGAAUAUUCGAAGCCUGGUCUCUUAACAUCACGCAAUCAGUAUAUUACCCAGAAGGAAAUGUUUCAAUUCUAAUCGGCGAAUACAUUAAAUUUUUGAACCAGAGAGGAAUUGUGGAUAAGCUAAAUAAUGUUUCUUUGGCAGCUGAAUCCAAUAUAUGGGAUAUCAUUGGCCAGCAACCCUCACAGCUGUCUGACCAACCACUAGUAGUAAUACUGAACGAACAUUUAAUACCAAGGUUCCAAAACACGGCUCCAUUCAUUUCUUCCGGUGAAGGAAUGUACUUGUUUGCCGCUUCCCGUCAACAACUACAUCUUAUUGAAAAUUUGGAAAAGACGAACACAAAAUCGCUUUACAAUAAGAUUGAUGACCUUACCUAUAUCGAAAGAUCGGCUGCUAUUGUUAAUGGCCGGCAAUUGAAAAAUGUACCUAGGAUACCAAUUUACUAUCUUUUAUGCGGUAUAGUCGCUUACAUUUCGAAUACGUUAUGUAACGACGAACUAUUCGUUCAAGAAAAGCUAUAUGAAAUGCUGGCAUAUCUCGAAGUUAUACUUGAGAGUGCAUUUGAAUCUGCAUCCAGCAAGGAUGAGGCAAAGUUGAGGGUCUACAAGGAAUUGCUAGAACAAUGGAUAUCAUCAGCUCAACAAGCUGGUAUUGACGUUUCUGAUAUGAAUUUGGUUUGCUCAAAGUUCGACAGUAGCUUGGGUUUAACUAGAGGGUUCUCAAUGACCAUCUUAUGGGAAGAGUUCAGAACAUUGUACCCACAAACAGGAGAAGCGUGGCAAUACUGGAAUGAACUAGCAGAGCAAUAUGAGAAAUUUGAAAAGGCUAAGAAAAUGCAGUUCCCUGAAUCAUACGAUGCCAUCAGACAUUUGAGUCAAAUAUUUUCUAUCCUCUCCACUGAUAUUUUGAACAACGACAUUGUAACCAUAUCUCCUUUGCUGGACAGAUUACGGGCUGGUAUCAAUGAUUUGGAAGAGAUCUCUGCCAAAUUUUUGAAUAAGAGAAAACACUUUUUUUCCACAGACUUUGACACGUUGUUGAGACUACUUUCUUUGCAUCAAUCCAUUCCACAACAGUUACUAAACGAGAUAAUACCAUUUUCAUCCGUACCAUUAGAAAGACUUAACGGAUUUACUACAGAUAAGGCGGCGUAUCCUGCAAUCUUUGAUAUGUUGUGGGUAACAGAUAACGGAAAGCAUAAGUCAUUCACAGAGUCUAUUAUUACCUCGAACUACCUUGAAAGUAUUAUCCUCAAAACAAACCGUUUUCAUACAUUCCCAGGAAGUCAAAUAACACCUGCACUAUUCGAUGCUAGGUUAUUACUAUCAAACACGAUUAAGUCGGCUGACUAUCUAUUGCAUGAUAAGAUUUCCUUGUUUACUUCUACCUUUUUGCAGUGGGUAAAACGCGUAUUGGAAGUCCAUACCAAGUUAGAGCUAGAGAGCAUGGAUGUCGAUUAUAUAACGGAGAUUAUUGUUGCUGACGGCAAUUCUGAAUUUUCAGCUGUUUUCCAUAAAUUAAUCCUUCCUGCUAUCAAGCUGUCACUUGAUGAUACCAAUUACUUGAAUCUUGGACAGGCUUGGAUCUUGUUCGGUACCGCCCUGAUUGAACUUUAUGCCCCCAAUAUUCCAUAUGAUCCAGCGGUACACGACUAUGUGGUAUACGAUAUCUUUUUAAAGCACAAAUUAUUUUUGGAGGAUUUGGGUGAUUCAUGGUCCUUGGUUAAAAAAGUUAUAAGUGGUGAUGACAAACUACAUAUAGAAAGAACAAUCACAGAAGUAACCACUGACGACGCUCCACAAAAACCAAGAGUUUACAGACCAGCUGUAUCGGUUGAUAACUUAAUAGAUGAGUGGAAUGUAUUUUAUAGCUCCACCGUCUCCGCAGAACAAGCCUCAAGUCUUUUCAAUUCAGUAUGCGAAUGGGAUGAUAUUGCCGAAGGAAGAUUCGAAAUGUUUCAACAGAAUAGUUCAAGCUUUAUAAACCGUUUGAACAAUGGCUAUCAAAACUUUGCUGACUUGAACGAGAUUUUUGCUGGAUAUGUGUUCUGCAUGAAAUUCGGGUUCGAUCUUGCAAGACAUGAUCAAGUAGACCAACGUAAACUUAUAAAGUUAGAUCCCCUAUGGUGUGUUGAUCCCUUGAAACUAUCUGCUGUCCAAACGUUGAACGACUCGUUUACUGAAAUGACUAAAUUCUUUAAGGAUACUAACGUCGAAGAUACUUCGACCGAGAAAAUUCUGAUUUUAUACAUGGAUCUAUUCAAACUUCACCAGAGGGAUGACUCUCUGUCAUCAACGUUCAUGAACGCUUUGCAAAUGAUGUAUCAAAGAUGGUCCUUGAGGAGAAUGAAAAAAGAACAAGAGGAACAAGAGGCUUCUAAAUUAUUCAAGUAUGAGGACACUUCAGAAGAUUUCGAGUCCGAAUUCAAACGCAUGUUUCCAUUAUACGAGGAGUCUCUUUCCCUAGAGGCGGAACCAUCUUUUACUGCCGCUCAAGAUUUGGACACCAUCUAUUAUGAAAUUUCCAAGAUGUACAUGUCGAUAUUUUUGAACAAAUCAAACACCACAAUGCUUGAAGUGACCAAGGCUGGUUUGGAUGUUGUCGAGAUAUUGCUGAGCAAAUCACAGAAAUUUGCCUCUGGUAAACUUUCAGGGUCGAAUUUUGCUUCUUCAAUUAUUAGUCUUCACGAUGAAAUACUGUCUUUCAACGACAACGUGACAGGGGAUAACUUCGAUUUUUACAGGGACUCGUCAUUAUCCGAAUCCCAAAGAGCAUUUUCUGUCAUCGAUGCCUUGUGGAAGCUUGUUAAUGAAAUUCAUCAACAGUGGCCUGAACACGCCACUUUAAGUGAAUUGGAAAGGGUUUGCCAGGAAUUUUUAUCUUUCCCAGCCAAUACCCCCAUUGCCAAACAGUUACAAAAGAUCGAACAAAUAUACACAUUUAUGGCCGAGUGGGAAAAGUACGCUGCAUCUCGCGUUUCUCUAGGAGCACAUAUUAAACGCAUCACAGACUUGAUUGUCUCAUGGAGAAAGCUGGAACUUCAAACCUGGAAUGGGUUAUUCAAUACUGAGGACAAAAAUGCUGAGAAAGAAAUUGGUAAGUGGUGGUUUAACUUAUUUGAAAUAAUUUUCGUUGCCAAAGAUUCUGACCCAGACAACGACAACGAAACAGCACUACUUACCUCAUUGAACAUUUUUUUUAGCAAGAGUACAGCUGGUGAGUUCAAAAUUAGGUUAAAACUUGUUGAAGCUUUUGCAAAUCAUAUCGUAUUGCUCAACAGAGACAUGUCUGCCGAACUCAACGCUUUACAAAACAUUCUGUCGUUUUACAAACAGUUCCUACCAACUGUUGAAGAACAGAUUUCUAAGGGCAGAAAAUCUCUAAGCAAGGAAGUUUCAGAAACAAUUUUGCUUGCUAGCUGGAAGGAUGUGAAUGUGGAUGCUUUGAAACAAAGUUCUCGGAAAUCUCAUAACAAUCUUUACAAGCUGGUGAGAAAGUAUAGAGCCGUUCUAUCAAGUAACGUACUUGGUUUGAUUGAAGGUGGAUUACCUUACGAACCAUCUGUGAAGCUUGAACUUGCUUCCCUUGGCAUAGGUUCCUUUGCCGAAUUUGAUUUGGAAGAUGCCAAGAAAUUGGUUAUCCAGGUUCCUGAUUGGGACUCCAGAUCUAUGCCGUUACGGAACAUCAAUCUAGUCAAGGAAAACAUGUCUGUAUACGCUAACAGAAUAGACAAACAAACAUUUCCAAACAUGGAAGAAUUGGCAAGAGAUUACGGAAGGGCUGCCGAUCGCUUACAAGAGGAAACUCCGACUGUUUACAAGAAAGAAAACAAAAAACUGUUGGCCACUUUGAAAGUACAAAAGGCAAAGGUACUAAGUGACGCAUUGAAAGAACUGAGGAGAAUUGGGUUAAAAACCAGUUUCAGGGAGGAUAUUCACAAAGUACAAGCGUCUGUGACUUCAGUGCUAGCCAAUUCUGUCUCUUUCAAUGGAACUCAUUUUGAAAAGGCCGAUGCGUACUUUUUUAAGAUUUUGGAUAUGCUUCCCAGGUUGAGAAAUGCUAUUUCUAGUCCUGCUGACGAUAUUCCCCCUGUUAAUGUUGAAAAAGGUAUGGCCAUCAUCGAGAACCUUCUUUUUUCAUUGAUUACUACUAGAAAGCCUUUAAAAAAAGCUAAUGAGAAGUAUUCAAAUAUUGAAGAUUCAAGACUGUACCUCGAGAAUAUUUGCACAUCAACUGGUUCUCUGAAUAAUGCCGAACUAGUACCAACAAUGGAAAGUAUGAGGUAUAUGGUGACAAGGCUGCAGUUAGUACUCGACUACGCUUUGAAAGCAGUCAGUGUCAUUGAAGCAUCAACAUCUGUGUCGUGCGACAUAGCUACGUUACAAGAGGCAAAAAUGUGUAUUCAAGAUUAUGAAACUCGAUUGAGUAAGCAAACAGUGUGUGACACCACUGCAUCCGUUUUGCUUUCGGAUUUCCGGAAUUACAUUUCAAAUUUCGUUGCUAAGAUGAUGGAAAAAAAGAAUACGAACUCCUUCUUUAUAUUUGAAAUUGUCAUCACAUGGAUAAAAAACAAUAGCAUUUUAGAAACAAGAUCAGAUGACUCGGCAAAUGCUUCAAUCAAGGAAGUAGACCAAGUUUUCCGAAAGGUUCACACCUCUAUUAUCUUGGCUUUCCAAAGAUUAAUGGAAAAUGAAACAGAUUCUGUUUCUGAAUCUGACGACCAAUGGUUAGUACUAACUUCGCGGACGAUAAUGGGUCACAUAAAAUCUUUAAACAUUACCAAUAUCGCCGCAAAUAUCCAAAAGGCAGUCAUGCUGAUUAAAAACUCCAAAUUUUUAGGUCCAUCAUCGUCUUUGGUACGGGCUAUUAUUACUUUCACCUUACCUGUAAUCAAUCAUUACUUUGUCACAAUCCGUUCUAUCCUAGAAAAGGCCAAAAACUAUUAUACAAAUACUAGUCAUGGUACCUACAUUUUGGCCAACAUUUUGCACAACUUGGCUAAAAAUGGAUUCUGCCAUCCUCAAGCUCCGUCAGAUGAGGUUGAUAAUAAUAACCUACAGGAUGGUACUGGGCUUGGAGACGGUGAAGGUGCUCAGAACAAUUCCAAGGACAUAGAACAAGAUGAGGAUCUGACCGAGGACGCUCAAACCGCAAAUAAGGACCAAAAGGAUAAAGAUGAGCGCGAUGAUGAUGAUGAGAGAGAGGAUGAUGCAGUUGAGAUGGAAGGUGAUAUGGCUGGUGAAAUGGAAGAAGUUUCAGACCAGGAAAAUAGCGAUGAAGAGGAUCUGGACGAAGAAGAGAACGAUCUUGAUGAAGAGGUUGACGAUAUUGAUGACGAUGAUCCAAACGCCAUCGAUGAUAAGAUGUGGAAUGAAAAGGCGGAGGAGGAUACCAAGGAAAAGGACACUGAUAAGCAGCUUGAUUUGAAGGAUGACGAUGAUGUUCAGGCAGGUGACGAUGAAAACAACGGAGGUGAAAACAAAGAUAAAGAAGGAGCCGACCAAAAUGCUGACAAUGAUUUGAACGAAAAUGAACCGGAUAAGGACGAGAGUAAAGACGGCGACGCUGAAAAUGAUGAGGAUGCCGAUGAGGAAGAGGGUGUUGGUGAGCAAGAAGAUGAGGUUCGGGAUAAAGAGAAUGAAGAAUUGCAUGCAAAUGCUCCCGAAAUCGAAACCAUGGACCUACCAGAUGACAUUAAUUUGGAUUCUGAAGGUGAUGAUGAGGAUGAUAAAAGUGGAGAAGACGAUGUUGAUAUGGAAAGUGAAGAUGAGGAGAAACCCGAGACAAACACCUCUGAAAACCAGCAAGAGCCAAUCAAUGAUGAUGUCGAAGAUGAAAUGGAUGUUGAUGAGCCAGCUGAUUCGGAUGACAAAUUAGAAAAUGACACAGCAGAACCGGAUUCCAAUAACGACAACGACAAUGAUGAUGUCGCAGAUGAAGGUAAUCCUGAGUUGAGUGCCGGUGAGGAAGAGGGAGAAAACGAAGAGGAACUAGCCGAAAACCAAGCCAACGAUGAUAAGGAUGAACAGGCAGGAGCGGAAACAUCUGAAGGUUUGGGAAGUGUUGAUAAUCUUUUGGAAGAAGAAACCAUAGAUGCUGAAGCUGCUGUUCAACAACAGUCCGGAUCUAAAGGUGCUGGAUCCGAUUCUAAGGAUUCAGAGGAACAGGAAGAUAUCGGUAGUUCUGGAAAUACCCAAAAUCCGCAUGACGAGGAUCAACAGGCUGAAAACGAAAAUCUUGAUAACUCUAGAAAGGAGGCGAAAGACACGUUACAACAACUAGGAGACAGCUUGAAGGAAUUCCAUAGAAGAAGAAAGGAAAUCGAGGAAGCGGGCACCAACGAAGAAAACGAAGAUAAUGAUGCUCAUGCCAAUGAGCGGCCUGACGAUUUUGAACAUGUUGAAGGUGCAAACACUGAAACUGAUACACAAGCUUUGGGUUCUGCCAAUCAAGAUCAAACGCAAGCGAUAGAUGAAGAUUUAGCUAUUGACGAUGAUGAUGCUGAGAAUGUAAACAGCGAUGACGAAGAAGACGUAGCAGAUGACACCAAUUACGUCAAGGAAGAACCGGUUGAAGAUGUUGUGGAGGAGAACAACACAAACGAAAAUGAUACGGAGACUAACAACGAGGUCAAAGGUGGCGGUGUAUAUGCAGCUGAUAAAGAACAUGAUUUGUUAGAUGAAUAUUCCAACAACAAUCUAGUAAAAGAAGAAGCAGACCAAUACGAACUGGAAGAUAUGAUUGAAAAGAUUGAUCUUGAAGCUACAGAGGAAACUUUUGAAAAACCUACUAAAUCGCUGGAGGAAUCGCGUGAAUUAUGGCAUGAAAGUGAGUUGUCCACUGCUGAUUUAGUGUCUCGUUUGGGUGAACAGUUGAGGUUGAUUCUGGAACCAACCAAGAGCACAAAAUUGAAGGGUGACUACAAAACGGGUAAAAGACUAAACAUGAAAAGGAUAAUUCCUUACAUUGCCUCUCAAUUCCGUAAGGAUAAAAUUUGGUUAAGGAGAACUAAACCAAGCAAGCGUGAAUACCAGAUUAUGAUUGCACUAGAUAACUCCAAGUCCAUGAGUGAAUCUAAAUGUGUGAAGCUGGCAUUUGACAGUUUGUGUUUGGUUUCCAAAACACUAACCCAACUGGAGUCUGGUGGGUUAUCGAUCGUUAAAUUUGGCGAAAAGUCGAAGGAAGUGCAUCAUUUUGGAGAACAAUUUUCAAACGAGAGUGGUGCCAAGGUGUUCCAACGCUUUGAUUUCCAAGACGGUAAGACUGAUGUAAAGAGAUUGGUCGCAGAAUCAAUCAAAAUAUUUGAAAGAGGACGUGGAUUGACAAGCUCCGAUCAAUGGCAAUUAGAAAUAGUCAUUUCGGAUGGUAUCUGUGAAGAUCACGAAACAAUCAAACGUUUAGUACGUCGUGCAAAAGAAAACAAGAUUAUGCUAGUCUUCGUCAUAAUUGAUGGUACCAAUAACAACAAAGAGUCCAUCAUGGAUAUGAGCCAAGUGGACUACAUUCCAGACAAAAACGGUAUUCCCCAAUUAAGAGUGAACAAGUACUUGGAUACUUUCCCCUUCGAAUUCUAUGUUAUUGUCCACAGCGUCCUCGAGCUGCCCGAAAUGUUGUCUGGCAUUUUGCGCCAAUACUUUUCAGACCUGGCUUCUUCAUGA